AUGCCGACGGUGGUUCUUCCUAAUCACACGCUGCUGAGCUUCUCGGACACGGGGCGACCGCACACCGGCCAGUAUGAGACGGUGGUGCUGUGUCACGGAGUGGGAUCCAACAUUCGGGUGUUUGAAUCGCUGAACGAAGUGGUUCGAAGUGGCCAGGUGAAAAUCCGGUUAUUAGCUUAUAACCAGCGAGGAUACAGCGGGUCGUCACCGCUGCCAAAAGGAAAUCUUAAGAAAGAAGAGUAUGCUUUAGAACAUGCGACUGAUCUGGUGGAGUUUCUCGAAUAUGCCAACGAGGAUCUUAAGCUGCCGAAACCGCCUAUCGUUGUUGGCUGGUCCAAAGGCACGAAUCUUCUGAUAGCAAUUGCCUGUCAAUCGUUUCUUCCUACAGAAUUACGACAAAGAGGAUUAAAAUACUCGUCGGCGUUUGUACUUUAUGAACCUCCCAGCAGCAUAUUUGCAUUGAAACCCGACCCGGCUUUUACUAAAGCCAUGACUCCCCCUGAAGGAAUGUCCAAAGAAGAACAAGCCCGAACACUUCCUCAGCGAUUUGAAAAGUCGUUUGGCGUUUAUUACGAGUAUCCGGACCCCAAUUCUAUUGAAGGAGCCAAACCUGCUACGAAUGUCAGCGAGCCUGCUGCUGUUAGAGAACUGAUUUUGUCGGCUAAAGAGCCUCAUAUGAUCCCCCACGGGUUCACCUGGGCCAUUGGCAGCGCCAAAUACCAGCGCCAGGCCGUACAAGAAGCGCUGACUGCCAAACUGGACAUUCCCGUGCUGGUGGUGUGGAACGGAAUGACCGCUCCCUACUGUAAACAGGCGGCUCUCGAGGCCCAUAAAAUGGGCGGCCGAGUGGUCCAACUCUGGAACGGGGGAAACCACUACGCUUUUGUCGGCGAACCCCGUCGCUGGCUCACCUCAAUUCUCACCGCCGUCCACGACUCCUCCUCCUCCUCUAAACUCUGA